GUUUUAUUAAUAAUGAUAAAGCCCACUGCCCCGGCCAAUGUUUCACACAUGUGUGAUUAUUUUUACGGGGAUUUGUGAAAUUAUUAUGUAAGUGGAGACUUCAGGGUCUGGGAAAUUGGGGGACUGGUGCACCGGUGAGUACAGUCUGCUGACGACAAUCACAGGUGUUGAAUUCGUGAGGCCCAUGUGUAGGUAGUUGGACGGAUUUUCGUGUGAAUUGGGGGAUUUUCAUAUCGUAAUGACAGCUGAGAAAUUUGAUAUUGAGAAACCACUGUGGGAUCUCAGCACGUUUGCGGGACGAUGGAGGCAUUUUGCAUGGGUGACAGACCCCAGAUCCUGUUUCGUUACGGAGAGUCAGUUGCAGGAGGCCAGGACGCUGUACUGUGAUUACAGAGAUGGACGUGUCACCUCUGGGAUCAACCGGGAGCAACUCGUCUACGCUAAAAAAUUGUACGAGUCGGCUUUUCAUCCUGACACUGGAGAGCUGCAGAAUGUCUUUGGCAGAAUGUCUUUUCAAGUUCCUGGGGGAAUGGCGGUCACUGGAGCUAUGCUUCAAUUCUACAGAACUACAACAGCAGUGGUAUUCUGGCAAUGGGUAAAUCAAUCGUUCAAUGCCCUUGUUAAUUACACUAAUAGAAAUGCAAACAGUCCAAUCACGGAGAAACAAUUAGCCAGUGCCUACGUCAGUGCUACUGCAGCUGCGAUGCUCACUGCCAUGGGCUGCAAAUCCUUUUGGGCGAAGCGGGCGAAUCCCCUGAUGGCUAGAUAUGUACCAUUUGCCGCAGUCGCCGCUGCCAAUUGCGUUAAUAUUCCCCUCAUGAGGCAGAACGAGAUCCUUCAAGGGGUGGACCUUGCUGAUGAGAAUGGCAAUAAGCUCACUCAAUCUAAAAUUGCAGCUGUGAAAGGUAUCAGUCAAGUAACGAUAUCCAGGAUUAUCAUGUGUGCACCAGGAAUGCUUAUUCUUCCACCGAUAAUGGAAAGACUAGAAAAGUUCGGCUGGAUGCAGAGGAUCAGAGCUCUGCACGGACCCAUUCAAGUACUCGGCUGUGGUAUCUUCCUGUCGUUCAUGGUGCCUACCGCCUGUGCAAUUUUCCCUCAAAACUGCUCAAUAUCCACGAGUACCCUGAAGCGUUGGGAGCCUGAGAAUUACGAGACUCUCGUGAAGAACUGCAAAAACAAGGAGAUCCCCGAGCACCUCUACUUCAACAAAGGACUUUGAUUCAGUAACUGGCAUUUCAUCAGUCAAUUAUAGAUCUUCGCCUAAGACUGGUUAGCGAUAAUUUAUACGCGGCAAUCUCAUGGGAUCUAUCAGUGCAGAGAGUACAACAAUACGUUCAUUUCGACAAGCAUUCGUUUAAUAUCCAUUUGAAGGAAACACUUUGUUACAAUCAUCAGUAUCAGUUUUAUAAUAUUAUUAAAGAAGAUGGGGAUAUUCUGGA